GGGGGCGGCGGAUGCUCCGAACAGUCUUUAUGCAUAACGUCAUUAUUUAGGCAGAUAAUCAGUUCCUGAAAUGUGAGUUCCUGCAAAGAAAUCAAUUUAAUUUAAAGCUUUAAGAGAUUAUUUUAAAAACUUGAGCUUGACACCGGAGGUUUUUUUAAUCAGAAAAAGAACUCGACAGUUUUGGAUAACUGUGUUGGGAUUUAUUUAAAUGUCUUCAUGCAGAGAAUCAGUUUAUUACAAAAUUUCACUUUCUGCAAGAAAACAACAACAACAACAACAACAAUUUGAUUAAUUUUGAUUGAAGCUUCAAUGAAUGAUAGACAAGUUUCAGAUUGAAAGUUCAGUCUUUACUUUGGAAAAAGUAGCCAAUCAAACACCAGAAGGUCUAUUUAGAUAGAUUGGUAGAUAGAUAGAUAGAUAGAUAGAUAGAUAGAUAGAUAGAUAGAUAGAUAGAUAGAUAGAUAGAUAGAUAAAUAGAUAUUAAUACCCCAAAAAAUGGGAAAAUACAGAUAAAAUGGGAAAUUAAAUUUAGUAGCUGUGCUGGAGCUUUUAAUCAAAUCGCACGAUCUCCCUCAGCAGAUGGAAAUAAAAAUAACUAUUUAAACUUGAAUAAUAAUAAUAAUAAUAAUAAUAGGUGUAAUACUUGACACUGGAACCGGAAGGACGGAGGCUGAAGAGGGACAAAAAUACAUCAAAGCAUCUCUGCUCAAGAACUCUUCAGGCACACCUGGAAAAAACCUGCAAAAGUCCAGGCUUUUAUCUUUGAUUAUUUUUUUACAUGCAACAAAAGGAACUGACUUGCCUUUAAAGCUCUUAUAUAGUAUAAUAUAAUAUAUUAUAUUAUAUUUUCCGUGAGUUUCACGGCUACGCCCGGUUGUGAUGCUGGACGUGGCGAAGAUGAAGGAGGCGUGCAGGAUCUGCGCCCGCGAGCUCUGCGGCAACCAGCGGCGCUGGAUCUUCCACCCGGCGGCCAAGCUCAGCCUGCAGGUGCUGCUGUCCCACGCUCUGGGCCGCGAGCUGACCCGGGACGGCCGCGGCGAGUUCGCCUGCUCCAAGUGCGCCUUCAUGCUGGACCGCAUGUACCGCUUCGACACGGUCAUCGCCCGCGUGGAGGCGCUGUCUCUGGAGCGCCUCCACAAGCUGCUGCUGGAGAAGGACCGGCUCAGGCAGUGCAUCGGGGGCCUUUACCGGAAGAACAACGCCGAGGACUGUACCGGGGCCCCGCCCUCCGGGGCCGUCGUUGGGACCGAUGUGGCGUCCGAAGACCCUCCUGUGGUGGAUCUGUCGGCCCUGCAGGAUGGACGCUACUCGGUUAUGGUCCAGGAUGAUCUGACGUACUCUGAGUAUGAAUCCUGGGCCGAUAGGGAGGACGCCAUGCCGGACCCCCCCACGCACCACCACCUCCAGUGCCCGGCGGCGGACUCUGUCCCCGGCCAGAAGCCGAGGCGGUGCAGGGGUUGCGCGGGGCUCCGUGUCGCCGAUUCGGACUACGAGGCUGUGUGUAAGGUUCCUCGCAGGAUCGGGCGCCGGAGCACGUCUUGCGGCCCGUCCACCCGCUACUCAACAGCCACCUCGGGGGUCGAGGAACCAGCCACAGUCUCCGGAGACUCCGAGGCAACAGCGGUCCCCUUUGUGCCCGCUGUGUCCACGUGUGACCGGACGAGUCCCAGCCCGGCAUCGUCCGUGGAAUCUCUCCACACCGCCGUGGACGUGAGCUGCCUUCCUGUGAACCAGAAAGACCAGGAGGAACCAGGAGCAGAGAAAGAUCCACAGGAGGCUCCAGCGGGAAGGGACACUACAUGGGACAAAGACCCCAGUGAGGGGUCCGUCUCUGGGCUUGAGACGACGCUGAGCCUCCUGAGGGGCUGGGAGUACCGGCCGGUGAGGCCUCAGAGGGGCAGCAAGCUCCCGGUUCUGGUCAAAGCCAAGCUGGAGCAAGGCCUGUUGCUGUCCCUGUCCCUGUCCGGCCCCCCCAUGAGGUCCCCCUGUGGAGGGGCGGUGGACUGUGAGCUGUACCACCACCAGCAGCUUGUCCCGGAGGUGGUGACCCCGUGUCCACAGGCGGAGCUGGCCGAGAUGGAGGAGCAGUGGCUGGAUGAUUAUGUUCAGUGUGGGCCGUUCCGCUUUCAGCAGAGGCUGAUUGCCGAGCAGCAGGGUCGGCUCAGCCAGUACGAGGGCGCUGCGGGUCAGUGUGUCGGCGAGCUGCAGAAGGCCCAGGACCAGGUCUGCUCGCUCCAGGCCAAGAUCAGGGAGAGCGAGACCAGGAACCAGGUACCAACGGGAGCGUCUGGUGAGAUGGAGUUGGAGUUGCGUUGCCGAGAGGAAGCCCAGCGACAAGAGAGAAGCAUCAGAAACAUAACCGCACACUGUCAGUCCACGGAGGCCGAGGUUGCAGAGCUGUAUCAGGUGGUUGAGGAGCAGAAUAAGAUGCUGUGUUCUCUCAAAGAGCUCGCCCACCGCAGCCAGCUGCAGGUGUCGGGUCCAGACAGUGUUCGGGGCCAGGGUGAGGUCCUGGCCCUGCAGGGCUCCCUCUUCCAGGCUCAGCUGGAGCUGCAGGCGGGUCAGCGGGCGCAGCAGCAGGCCAGCAGGACGCAGGAGGACCUGAGCCGGGCCCUGGGGCGGCUGGAGGAAGACCUGCAGGGGGCGCUGCAGCACCGGAGGGACACGGAGAGACACAACCAGGACCUGCAGCUGGCUCUGGAGAAGGCUCGAUCGGCUCUGCAGGAGACGGAGGAGCAGCUGAGGGCGAGCGAGGCGGAGCGCCAGAGGCAGGACGCGGAGAGAGAGAAGUUGGUCAGAGAGCUGAGGGCGGCCCUGCAGACCAAAGACCAGCUGAUGGAGGACUACUGUCAGCCGCUGGAGGAUCCGAAGGAGGAGAGAGACUCUCUGCUUCAGAAACUCCGCCAGCGAAUCAGGGAGAGAGACCGAGCUCUGGAGCGAGCGGUGGACGACAAGUUCCGCAGCGUGGAGGAGAAGGAGGAGGCGACGCGUCGGCUGCAGCUGCUGCUCAGAGAGCGGGAGAGAGACCUGGAGAGGCAGCGCUGCGUCCUCGCCAACAACGAGGAGACCAUCGCUAGCCUGGAGGUGCUGCUGCGGGGGAAGGCCCUGGAGCUGGAGCAGGUGUGCGGCGCCUGGCGGAGCGUCCAGCGUCAGCAUCACGAGGACGAGCAGAGACAGAGCGGCGUCCUGGCGGAGAGAGACGCCAUCAUCGGCCAGCUGCAGGCGGCGCUGCACGCCCGCACGCAGGAGGCCCAGGACCUGCGCUGCUCCCUGCUGGCUCCCAUCCAAUCAGCUCCCAACGACGUUCUGGAGGAGCUGAAGGUCCGCCUCCAGCUCAAGGACCGCCUCUUCCAGGAAGUACUGGCCGACCGCACCCAGCAGGCCCAGCAGCACCACAAGCAGGUCCAGGAUCUGCUAAGAACCAUCAGCUCCAGGGACCAGUACAUCCAGGAGUGUGCGGGGCGGCUCAGCGAGGUGAUGGGCGAGCAGACCGGGAGGCUCCAGGAGCUCCGCAGACAGCUGAGCUUCGGGUCCGGGUCCGGGUCCGGGUCUGGACCGGACGCGGUCCUGGAGCUGCAGGCCGUGCAGGACGAGCUGCGUCUGGCUCUCAGGAGGGAGGCGGAGAGCCGGGAGCUGAGCAGGAGUCAGGCCGCCAGGGUGGACGCCCUCUCCACCACGCUGCACGUGAAGGACCAGAUCAUCCGGGACUUCCAGAGGCAGAUGGUGGAGCCCUCCGGUCUCCCGCUGGUUGAGCAGUUGACCCGGGAGGUUCAGGAGCUGAGGGAGACCCUGAUCCAGCAGCAGGACGGUCCCCCCGCCAGAGGCCCCGUCCCGGGCCUGGCCCGGCCUAACGGCACGCAGCCUGGGUUUGGAGAACUGAGCUCCGAGGACGAAGACGAGGCCGAUGAUGAUUUGAACAGCGAGUGCACCGAGAGCGUCGAUGAAGACGAGUCCAGACUGAGGGUCCGGUCUCUGGCCAACACCGAGGGUCGUGGAGGUCCAGGGAAGGCUUGGUCCCAGGAUCAGGUGUUUGAGAGGCAGGGACUGAUGGAGGUCAAGCAGCUGGUGGAGCAGAAGAGGGCGGUGGAGAGAGAGCUGGGGGAGCUGAAGGCUCAGCUGGAGAAGGCCGGCUUCUCCUCCCUCUCACAGAUGAGGAAAGCUCUGUACAGCCUGCAAGCCGAGAUCGGAGACUUAAAGCAUCGGCUGGCUGGAGGGCUGCAGCCCGACGCCAAACACAGCGCCGGACAGCAGUUGUCGGACGACGAAGACGAGGAGGAAGAGUUGGAUGUGACCAUAGAAGGGGUGGAGGAGGAUGAAGAGGAAAUCUCCGAGAUGUGGGACGCCUGGGAUGGCGAGCUGGGCGAGGAGCAGAGAGCUGACAGACCGGAGACACUCCCCGAGUCCUCUCAGGAUGUCGUGGACAGCGAGCGUCCUGCCGGUCCGCAGCAGGACGCCGUGUCCUCGCUGGACAGUGUGAAGACGGUCCGUCUGCAGCAGGAGAGCAGAGAGCUGCAGGAGAGGCUGAUGGUGUCUGAAGCCACGGUGCAGGCUCAGGCCGAGCAGCUCAAGGACUACAGGGAGCUGCUCACGGAGACAGCCGUGCAGCAGGACAGUAAGCAGAUCCAGGUGGACCUGCAGGACCUGGGCUACGAGACCUGCGGUCGCAGUGAGAACGAGGCCGAGAGGGAAGACACCAGCAGCCCAGAGUUUGACGACCUGGAGAUGUGCACCUCCCUGGACUGUGGUUCCCAGUGGUGGCCCGCCAACACCAGCAGCAGCUGCACCUCAACUAAAGGAACCCCCCAGGGCUCCGGUGACGGAGACGAGAUGUCCUCCCUCCAGCGCCUGGUGGAGGACCUCCGCUCCCAGCUGUCCCGGUCCCAGACGGUGAUCCGCGGCCUUCAGAGCCGCCUGCGCUCCAUCUCCACCUCCAGCGACCACGCACCCUCCACCCCUCGCAAGGUCAACUGGUCCUUCCAGGCGUCGGAGGACGACGAGGGCUGGCAGUCGUCUGACGGGGGUCCCCUGGCGUCGCCCUGUCACCCCCACCCGAACAGGGGCCUGCAGGAGCUGGCGUCCCGCGUGGACGCCUUGGAGGACCAGCUGAGGAAAGGAGGCAACAAGUCCAUCAAGGAGGACGUAAAGUCUGCCACCUGGCCGGGUAAGUUCGAUACCCUGAUCCAGGCUCAGGCCCGGGAGCUGUCCCACCUGCGCCAGCGGCUGAGGGAGGGUCGGGGCGUGUGCAGCAUCCUCACGCAGCACCUGGGCGACACCACCAAGGCCUUCGAGGAGCUGCUGAGGGCCAACGACAUCGACUACUACAUGGGCCAGAGCUUCAGGGAGCAGCUGGCUCAGAGCGGCGCUUUGGCCCAGCGAGUCGCCGCCAAGAUUAGCGGACGAGAUCAUGCCGAAGAUCCAGAUGAGAAAACAGAGCUGCUCGCCAUCCGGCUCAGUAAGGAGCUCCAGCAGAAGGACAAGGUCAUCGAAUCUCUCCGCUCCAAACUGAACCAGCACCACCACCACGAUCCCCAUCCUCCCCGCUCUGACACGCCCUGCAGCAGCCACGCCCUCUCCGACACCACCGACCAAUCGGAUCGCAUCUCCUACGUGUCCGACGAGCACGGAUCCACCAACGGGGAGCUGGAUCCGGGCUCCGACGCGGACGCCGUCAGCGAGCUCGGCCAGAAGGACACACGCUCGUCCACCAGAGUCAGCACAGGCAGCCACGCUCACAGUGCGAGCACCAUGUCACAUCAUCCGUCUGUCCCUCCAUCCAUCACCUCGUCCAUCCACACAGCCCCGUCCUGCCUCAGCUGUCCCAGCAUGCAUUGCCCCAGCUCGCUGCACAAACCCACAGCAGACGUGCAGAGCCACGCAGCUCCCGCCUCAGUCUUCCACCCUCCCCUCUCCUCCUCCUCCUCCUCCUCCUCCUCCCCCCCCCAGAGGGCACCUCUGCCCCUCCAUCCUCACCCCCCGACCCUGCAAACCCGUUACCCUUGCAACGGGGGAGUAGGGUUCUCCCUGGCUGAGGUGCAUCAGGAGCUGCAGAUGUUACAGAGGCAGCUGGGAGAUAAUGAGAGGUUCUCCUCCCCCCAGUCCAGACCCCUCCAGGGGGUCCCGUUGGCCCAGCAGCAGCACCCCCCCGACCCCCAUGCCUUCCUGCCUCUCUCCCACCACGGAUACCAGGCUUCGCCCUUCGCCAGCGGCCUGGACGCCGGCGCCGCGUUGAAAGCCGGCGCCGGUCUCCUGGAGAGCAGUGCAUUGUGGGACAUGAGCUACGGUAACCGGGCGGCGAGACUCGGAGCCGACCUGUCUUCGGGAUCCUCGGGGUACCAGUCAGGAACCAGCAACACAGGUUCAGAUCUGAUGAAGGAGCAUCUGAGAGAGAUCAGGGGUCUGAGACAGAGACUGGAGGACUCCAUCCAGACCAACGACCGCCUCCGACAGCAGCUGGAGGACAGACUGGCCCGCACCGCCACAGAGAAAGGUGCUCCUACUAACAUCUACAUCCAGGGCCUGGACUCGGCCGGCCAGCUCUCCACUGAGAUCCGACUCCUGAAGGAGGAGAACCUCAGUCUGCAGAACCAGCUGAAGCAGGCCGCCAGAGAGGGCACCAAGGAGGCGGAGCAUCUGAAGAAGGCGGAGCUAGAGGCCGAGAGGUGGGCGGAGCAAAGCAGGAAGCUGCAAGCAGAGACUGAGGCUCGCAGGCAUGAGAUUACACAACUGAAACAGGACAGACAGAAGAACCAGGAAGCCAUCAACAGACUGCAGCAUGAGGUGAGCGUGGUCCAGCAGCAGCUCUGUGAGAGUCGCAGUCUGGUCCUCUCUCUUCAGUGUGAGCUGCAGGUGCAGUGCCGAGUGUGUGAAGUCCACACAAACACACACGCAGGUCAGGCCGGUAAAGAAGCCAAACAUGGACACAGCGCUGCGACCUUUGACCCCAGAGAACUGCCCGUUCAGCUGGAGCAGCAGCUGACCGGACAGGCCGACACACAGCCUCGAUCCAGGAGACAGCUCUUCACCGAGAGCGUCCCGUCCCCGCCUGUGAGAGACACUGGUCUCGUCAGUCCUUCCUCUCCUCUGCAUCCUGCGCAGAAACAUGCAGCCCAAACCCGAGCAGCCUCCACCCUGCAGGGUCCAGCCCCCGGCGGCUCAUCGGCCAACCGUCAUGGGGGCCAUGCAGUGGGCCACAUUGAGGACUUCGAGGCCCUGCAGCAGCAGAUCCUUCAGGGCGGCGCUCUCCUCCGCAAGAUGGAGACCGCCGUAAACUCCCUGAGUGGCCCACAGGAGCUCAGCCUUCAUCAGCCUCCAGACUCAGGCUCCAUCAGGAGGCUGAUGUCCGACACUACUAGCCUGCGCCAGAUCUUGGAGGAGGCCGACUCGCUGCUCCGGGUGUUCUGGAGAGCCGGUCUACCGGACCACGCGGACGCCAAACAGGAUCCGUCUCUGAGGGAGGAGGUCGUCUCUCUCCGUCUGAGGCUCUCGGAGCGAGAGCAGGCUCUCCAGGACGCCAUGGAGAGAGUCCAGAGCUCCAACCGCACCAAAGACAGCAUGGAGCACUUUAUAGUCCACCAACUGUCGAGAACGCGGGACGUGUUGAGUAAAGCAAAGACAAACUUACAGGAGAACCAGCUCCGGAUCUCCUCCCUCCGCCGUGCCUCUUCCUCCCCCUCGUCCUCCUCUUCCUCUUCCUCUUUCUCCCCCUCCUCCUCUUCCUCUUCCUCACACCCCCGGCCUGGUAAAGGUGAAAACACAGGAGGUUUCUGUGAGCUCGCCUUCUCUCCUGGUUGGGGUGUCGUGAAACCUCGGACCUCCUCCUCCUCCUCCUCCUCCUCCUCUUCCUCCUCCUCUUCUUCCUCUGCUGUCCCGGGACGGGCUUAGCUCCGGCGCCCCCUGCAGUCGGCCUUCCUGCAGCGCACCAUCUCAUGGUUCAGACUGAUUUUGGGGAUUCCGGCUCUCUGAUUGUCUGGAGAAACCUUCCAGUUGUGCGUCGUCCGUGUGUCGGAGCGUGUUGUCCGAGUCCUGCGGGUUCACGAUGCUUCGUCGUGAUUGGCCGAGGCCAUCGACUGAAGCGUUUCCUCUCAUUUACGUGAGACCGGACUGAGUUUGGCUGGAGUUGGUUUAUGGUUCACAAUUUUGGAUUAAGCUUUUUUUUUUUUUCGUUUCCACAGAUAAAAUCUAAAUUCUACAAAUAUGAAAUCAGAUUUGAAACACUUUUGGGGGCUCUUAGCAACCAUUUAGUCCAGGUCUGAUGAUUCUACAUGUGCUGUUUUUAAUGUGGAGCUGCUCUAAUGUGGCACAGGGGCGGAGUGAGGGGGGGAGGGGGGGGGGCUUCUAGUUCUCCAGUCCCAAAGGGUUCUCUCAAAAGCCCCAGAUGUUUUGGGGUUUUAAAGGUCUAUGAAUGUUGCUUUUUGUAUGCUUUCAUAUAGACCUAGUGGUCCCUAAUACUGGAUCGGAAGUUCUUUUAUAUAGACCUUAGUGGUCCCUAAUACUGUAUCUGAAGUCUCUUUAUAUAGAACUUAGUGGUCCCUAAUACUGGACUGGAAGUCUCUUUAUAUAGACCUUAGUGGUCCCUAAUACUGUAUCUGAAGUCUCUUUUAUAU